AUGCAGCUUGGACAGUGGACCUCAAACAUUCUGGAGCAUUCCAUCAAGAAGCUGGCGGGCCUGAACAAACCUUUCAAAUACAUUGUGACUUGCAUCAUCAUGCAGAAAAAUGGCGCCGGACUCCACACCGCGGCCUCAUGUUACUGGGACAAUUCCACGGACGGCAGUCGCACAGUACGAUGGGAAAACAAGACCCUUUACUGCAUAUGCACGGUUUUCGGUGUUGCGUGUUGA